AGAGAAAAUUAAGAACUCCCUGUCUAUAUAAAUAUUUAUGUCGAUAGUUGUUGAUAGUCACAAACAAGAAGUGUAGCUUAACUCUCAAAAAGAAAAGGAAAAAAGAAAAAGAAAACCCCAAAAAGUAAAGAAAGGAAAACAAAAACAAAAACAAACAAAACACAAAGAAAUGGCAAAUUGCUUUGGUGUUGAAGUUGAUGAUCUGAAAUUAGACGAAUUCGAUAGGUAUCUCGACAAACCCAAAUCCCAGGAAGACCGAGCUAGGGAAGCUAUGAAUCUGAUUAGCGAUGGAAACAAAAGUAUAGAUGCUGAAAAAUAUGUGCGGGAUUUGAAAGACGAUUAUGGUUCAGGUGUCUCGACGUUGUGCCUGGUUUACAACGCAACCGGAGACACUUUGUACCAUGUAGUCGACAAUGACUGGAUGAAUAGUAAUAUUGGCCGCACACCAUACCCUGUCAAGAUCGGAAAUGGUCAGUGGGCGGCUUUCCUUCAUGUCCACAAGACCAGUGAUGCUACUGGUUCUGAGGCCGCGGUUGUGUACCGUGGCAAGAACAUGUAUGGAAAUGACCGUGACUUUUUGCUAGCUUGGUCUACACCAUUUGGCAUUUGGUACAAAAACAAGGCUUACUGUGAGGAGGGUGGAGUUGACACUUUUCAGAGGCGUUGGGAUAAUAUAUAUGAUAAUAUUAACAACGGCGACUAUUCCAAAACAACCGACGCAAAUGGAAUACAUAUACAGGUAGACACUGCUAGCGGCGGAGCACCCAUAUUCAAGGCAAUAAUCCAGAUCCCUUUUGGUCCAUGAAAAUCGAUCAAAACAAAAGAGCGAGGCUAGCCCUCAAAAUAAAAUUAUCAUCUUUGAUUUCCUUUGACUUUUUCGUUCUAUAGUCUGCUGUUUGAUCAGUUCAUUUUUUUUUUCUCCAUUUUUGUUUUGUGAAUGUUGUUCCUGAAAUUUGAGCAUCAAUGUACUUGCUCUUACUCCUUGUGUGCUUAUUUUCAAUAAAAAGUUGUGAUGUAUUAUAUAUUCUUGUUCUUUGGAAAUCG